AUGAAUAUUUUUUGUAAUAAUUAUGAUGAAAACUUUUUCACACCAAUUAGAACUCUUAAAACAAAAGACGGAAAUGAUCCUGUUUGUAGUGAAGAAGAGUAUAAUGACUUGAAAAAUGGAUAUAAACAACUCAGUAGCCAACAAAAAGAAAGAAUUCCCCCAGGACACAGAAAUGCAAUCAAUAAUCAUCAACAGGUUCCAAGAAAAGGUUAUUACAACAAAAUUGCUGAAAGAAUCAAUAAAACAUCAUUAACAAUCGAUUAUUUAUCAACUAAAAAACCCUAUAAUAAUGUAGUAGUUACCGAUCCACAGCUUGGACUCUUGAUAAAAGCUUACAACAGUCUCAGCGAAAAACAAAAAGGAGAUCUACCAAAUGAUACCACACAAACAAUUUUAUCUACUGAAACAGUACCAAGAAGAAAUCUUUUCAACAAAGUUGCUAAAAAAUUAAAUGUUUUAUUACUCCAAGAUUAA